CCAAUAACUUUCGAUCUUCGUCAGGAAAGCGGAAGUUCAGCUACUUUGGUCGCCAUUAUCAGCAAGAGCUAGGAAGUUUAGAAAGAAGUUUGUUUGGCAAGGAAAAGUGUGACGAUGGCUGAACAAGAUCCAGUUCCAGACAUUGAUGAGGAAGACAACCCAAACUACAAACCGCCGGCCAAGAAGGAGCUCGGGGAAAUACUGAAAGCCGAUGACGAUGACGAAAGCUUAAGAAAGUACAAAGAGGCAUUGCUCGGAGCAGGGGCAUCUGGAGACGUAAUUAUCAUAGAUGCAAAUAAGAAAAAUGUCAUAGUUGAGAAACUGGCCUUGUGUCCUGAUGACAGGGAUGAAAUGCUACUAGAUCUUUCUGUAAAUUUAAAAGAAAUAGAAAAGAAGAAGUUUAUAAUCAAGGAAGGCUGCCAGUAUAAAGUUAAAAUUUACUUCUACGUUCAGCGUGAUAUUGUGCAAGGUCUCAAAUACAUCCAGAAGACAUACCGAGCUGGCAUUAAAGUGGACACAAAGAAAUUGAUGGUCGGAAGCUACGGCCCCAAAAAGGAACUCCAGUCAUAUAUUCAACCUCAGUUUGAAGAAGCACCAUCUGGGAUGAUGUCAAGGGGAGACUACAAGAUAGAAAGCUUAUUCACUGACGAUGACGGAAACGAGUACUUGAAGUGGGUGUGGCACCUGGCGAUUAAAAAGGACUGGGAAUAGAAUAUUGACCUGACUCUGUCUUAUCUGUACAUUUACGAGCCGUAUUAAUCUUUUAUAUUAUAUAUCUGGCUAGCUGCAUGUGAUCUGUUGCCUUCUGUCAAGACAUAGUUUGCUACGUGUACAGUUAGUUUCCAAGCUGGAGCCACAGUUAACAAUCAGGGAACUGAAAGUUGUGGAGUGGUGAACAAAUUUUAUAUGUGUGUUACUAAAAUUAUGACGAUCUCACAAGGUUUUACACUUUUAGAGAAUCUGUAAUGUGUAGAUAAUAUUAAUAGCAUUUAACACAUCACUGUCCAAGUGGUUAACCUUGAGGAUCAUGUCAAAGGCUGUAUUAUGAAUGCAGGGCUCAAACUUAAGAAUUUAUUACCCACGGCAGUUCAAAACAGAAUUGCCCUGUGUAAAACUGAUGGCAAUUUUGAGUUUGUGUAUAGUAAUUUUUGCAGCAAAUAAACAUGACUGUAAUAUGUACUAAUGUUAAAUACUGGCAGUUAAUGUACAGGAAAUGUAUACAUUUUGCUGUCAUUGAAGAGCUUUACAAAAGUGCCAUCGGUGAUGCACCUAACCUAUGGCAAUUUAUAUCUAAACAGUGCUGUCGUUAAGUUUAAGCCCUGUGAACGUUACCAGGGACUUUUUAAAGGUUUUUUGGGGUUUUUUUUGUAAUUAACCAGUAAAUUUUGUUGCUAGUAUUCAACUUUUUUGUCAAAGCAGAGAACUGUAAAACAGAAAAUGAAUUCUUGAAUGGGGUCAAUUUGUACUGCGGAAUCCCCUAUGGUCUUUCAACUGUGAGCUACCUAAUGUUGCUUUAGAUUCAUGGUUCAAGUUAUUACCAGUUUAAAAGUUUGCAGUUAAAAUUUCCAAUGAAUAGACUGUAAGUUCCUUGGUGUUAGGCUCGCAUUCAGUUAAUGCGAUUUCACACAUGAGUUUAUCGAUACAGUGCAUUCACAUAGUACUAAUUCCAUAUACAUGAUUCCACGCACGGUUAUUCAGUGCACUGGGGAAAAAAGUUAAUCGAUGUGCAAUUUUUCUGCACGCAAGUUUUUCAUGAAGCUUUUACUUUUGGCUUAAACUACACUCCGACAGCAAAAAACUUUGCAUAGUAAUCCACUUGCGAAAAUGCACAUGUGGAAAAGCACAUUUCCGCGCAUGAUAAAACGUGUGCGGAAUUGCAGUAAUGGCUAUAUUUCUUCAAUGUCUCUUUGCCACGUAUCUGUUUUUUCUUACAAGAUAAAUUGACAUGAAAAAAAGGUUUUGUAGUAAACUUCAGAUAUGCAGGGCCAGUAAUUACUAUAUCAUGUCACAAUAACUUAAUAAAAUUUAUUUUUUAUUUACUAAUUUGGAAUAAUACUUUUUUCGUGUCAGAUGUGUUUCUUCCAAAAACAUUUUUGUAAACUCCUCUUAUGGCACAUGCUGUUUAAUAAUUGUCAAACAUUUUACAUGUAAUGGUGCCAAAAUUAUUUCUGUUAUAUAUUUAUUCCAAGGUACCGGUACAUUAGAUUAGUCUACACAUGUUUUUUUCAUAAUAAAGGUGAUUUUAAGAAAACAGCACAAUGUCUUCAAGUUGAUAUCAACUUCAAACUGAUAUAUAUAUUUUAUAUGAUGUUUAAUCAAACAGCACCAGAUUAAAAAAUAAAAUUGUGUGUUAUAGCUUUAUUAAUGUUUUAAUGUCUUCUUAGAACUGUUUGUAUUUUCCCACAUUUUUGUUUUGUUUUUUAUGGCCUCUAUAGUAUAUUGAAUGGAUUAUAAACUUUUGUUCUAUUUUAUAUAUAUAUAUUCUACGCAGUCAAGUUAGAAAUGAGAACGACAUGUAAAGUAAAUACUUUCUGAACUGUAUACGAGUGCUCUAUUAUUGGAAAGUUUUUGUCAAAUGUUAAAAUUGCUGGACAAUUGGAUUGCAGAUAUUUGUUACAGUUAAUACACAUACAUGUACAGUUAAGUGGAAUCAACUACAUUGUUUAUCUUCGAUAUCAUGUUUCAGAAAACAAAGUUUAUUCGUCUUUGGUUGUUUUGAGGGUUUUUGUUUUUUAAUUAAAACAUUUCACAUAUAUAAAGGCCCAUUGGCAAAAUGCAGCAAGUUAAAAUGGAGUACAAAAUGAGUUGUGAUAUUUUAAAAUAUGCAUCAAAAUAAAGUAGCCAGUUACAAGAGAAAUAUCUUCCUGAAACACCAAGUUUAAGAAAGCAAAUUUAACUGCUUAAUAAAAGCCUUCAGUACAUUUGAUAACCGUCCCAGAAAGUGAUUUUUCUCAAAGUUGUUAAUAUACCACUUUUACCAUAGCAGGGAAGCAUUGUCCUAAAGGGAUUUUAUCACCUUUAUGCUUUAUUGAUAACCAGCUAGCAUGUGUGAAAUGUCUGUAGACUUGUACAACACCAAUGAAGUAUGUGGUAUUGACAUUAUAAUUUUUUUUUAAUUGUAGUAUUUUGGAAAUACAUUUUUUUUUUUGGUAUAAUUUAAACAUUUUGCAUGUGAUCUAUUGAUGAUUAGAUUUUAAAAAUUUAUAUUCUUAUUUAGAUUAAUUCUUUCAACUUUUGUUAAAAAAUGGGUCUGGGGGUGAGUCAGUUUGUUUUACCGUGAUUUACUUAUUUGUUUAUCAAUAUUUAACCACUCGGAAGCAAUGGCACAAAAUGAUAUCGGAAGUACUUGUGAGCUCUUUAACCAUGUAUAAAGAAAACAUAUUUACAUUUAUACUUCGGUAAUUGAGUAGGUCCAAUUUAUGAUUUAAAAAAAAAGUAAAAAAUUCCACACCAUUUAGAAUCUUAAUACAUGUAUAAUUAUUUUUAACAUCUUUCAUGUUCAGCGGUAUUGAUGUUUGGAAACUGCAGCAUUACAGCCUGGUAUUUAUGAACCAUUUAGAGUAUCUUUCAGUCAAGAGUCACGACCAGUGGUAGACCCAGAGGGGUGUGUCCCUUGAAUAGAUAAACAAAAUGAUCACAUUAUUUUCUAGCAAUGUUAGUGAAACAUUUUCUUAAAAUGCAUAUUGAUUUCACCAUGAGAUGGUUCCAGUAGAAACAAAUUCAAAUCUUUAUAAAAUAUUUCAAAGGCCCUAUAUAACUCUGGCCCUCCUGUCAAAUCCUACCUGUUAAGAUAAUACUGGAUCUUCUACUGUAAAUGUUUCAUCAGUACAUGGCAAGGAAUUGGAUAUUUGUGAUUUUGAACAUGCUGUACCAAUUGUACUGAAGUCGUGACAGUUUGUGAAGUUGCACAGAGCCAAAAUUCAUGCGACAUGUAUGUUCAAUCACAUUCCUUUUAAAACCACUUUAUACGAUAAUCUUCACAUACAUACAACCUCAAUUACCAUAUCAAACUAUUUCAUUAAAUGACAUGACCAAAAGUGUACAGUUUCUAAACAGUCGUUACGUUUUACAUUAUUCAUAUAUGUAUAAAAUUAACCAUGAUGGUUUUAGAUUGUACAAAAAAAAAGUAAACUGGUAUGUCAUAUUUUAACAUCUAAAAUGCAUUCUUGCCAUUCAUGCACAUUUGGUAACAAUUUUUAUUUUAAAUAUGUAUAUAUUAAUUAAAGGUAUUAAUUUUGUUUGAGGUUUAUAUAACAUCUGGAAUGCAUAAAGUAAUUAGAUGUGUAAAAGAGUUAUUGACAAUUUCCAUUUCAUUAUUGUUUAAUGAAAAUGAGAUGCAUGCAGGAAAUUUAUUUAUAAAUACAGACAUUAUUUCCAUGUGUUUUGUGAGCAUAAACUGUCUUAGAAAAUCUGUGUACACCUUUGCUUGACUGGUACAUAUUUGAAUAUGUAACCACUAGCCCAGAAUUGUGCUUAAUGGUAAAAUACUUUUAAAAUGUUAUGCUCAACUGUAUCAAAUUGCUGUUUUGUAUACGUUUACAUCAUGUACUAAACACUGGUAAUGAUUAAUCAUGUUUAUUUCUCUUCAUGAUUAACAUUUGCACCAUUAUUAUACAUUUCUGUCUUGUGUUCUUUUCUUUCUUUUUUCCAUUCCAUUAAUUCUACAUAUUAAAAAAAUGAGUUGUUUAAUGGAUUUGAUCAAACAUUAGUUGAACAUUGGUUAUAAAAUUUAAAUAAUUUUUCUUCUUAUCUUUAAGAAAUGUGUUAAAAUCAUAACUUUAGUACAAUAAAUCAUUGUAGGCCUAUUAAUGUAAUUUUUAUCAAUGGAAUAUGUUUUAGUUUUACGAAAAAAUCUUGUAACCAUAGUCACCAACAUGCUUUUCUUAAUGUAGUCAUUUUAUUUCAUGUGGUCUCUUAUAUUGGUGUUUUGUUUGCUUUAAGUGUUUAUAGCAUUAACUCUAGUUUUUUUCUUUUUUCUUUAGUCUCAUUUUAGUUCUAUUUUCUAUUUGAUAUAACAUGUUAAAACUAUGCAAAUAUGAUUCCCAACAUUAUUUGUUCGUUAUCUUUGUAUUAAUGCAGUACACAUUUCAUGAUAAAUAAAUAUUACAAGACUUU